AGUUUUAAAUUCAAACACUCCGCUUCAGUUUCGAACCCAAACGUAAACAUUGCAAAGACGCUUGCAUUUGGAUAACUGCAAUAUUAUCACGAUUUUUUAGAAUCCUAGCCAACCAAAACGAGCAUGUCGUCUACGAAACGUAUAACUAUGCCGCGCCGCACACAGGAGUUUGAAAUAUCGGGCCCCCAAUCGUCAGUAAAGAAGCCACAAGCCCGUGUCAGCCGCAUUGCACAACCAGUCCGCAAAUCAAGCAAGCUGUCCGGUUUGGGUCAGUUUGGCGAAAAUGGCCGGUCCCGAUCGGUGGAACGCGGACUGAAUGGACCCCCGAUCGCGGGACCGUCAACGGCGACGAAAAAAUCCCUAAACCCUCGCAGUAGCAGUGCCACACCACAGUUACGCACCCCAUUGCGGCACAUGGGUCAUGGUGGUUUGAACGCUGACAACAUCCCAUCAUUCUCCAUUCCUUCCACGGUGGAACGGGAACGCUAUCCGGUAGAUGCACGCCAAAUAUUCGACUACCUAUCGCAGGCAAACGUACCCGACCUGCCGAAAGAGUUUAUCGAUCGUGGCAACAUAAAGGCGAUGUCGAUGAAACAAUUUCUCAUCAUCAUUGCGCAUCUGCUGCGACAGAUCGGCGGUAGCCGCUACAAAAUCGGAGCCAACUUCAUCGAAGACAUAAUGAAAGCCAUCAUCGAGCUGCAGUGCCCGUUUACGGUGAACAAGUCGAUGCUAAAGACACCGAGCGCACCGCACUCGAUUCAGCAGGUGGUAACGAUGCUUUGCUGGCUGAUACAACUAGCCGCACCGCCCGUUUUACCGUCCGAAUGGACUCCGCACUAUCAACAAGCGCCCGAUUUUCCUUCCCCGGAAUACACGCAGUAUUUCUUUCAAUCGGCAAUCGAAAGCUUUCACCUGUGGAAUCUUAAGCGCGAGGAAGAAUUCGGCGCCCAGGUAGAGGCCAUGGCGGACCGGUUGGUAGCGGAAAAAACGAGUGGAAUGUCACUGGAGCAGGUACGUUCCCGCACGGAACAAAUCCGGAAGCAGCUGGAGACUAUCGAUACCGAUCGAUCCAAAGGUCAAACACGUGAGCAAAGCUUUGACGGAAUUCAGCGUGAGGUACAAGAAAAGCAACGCGUCGUGAAGCAGCUAGCGGAGACAACGAAACAGUUAGCGAAACAGUACGAGCGCCAGGAGCGGGAAUACUAUCAGCGGCAAGAUCAGUACUACGACUACGAGAACGCUAUCCAGAAAGUGAAGGAACAGCUGGCUCGCCAACAGAUGACGACGAAGGAGCGGGACGAACUGCAGACCAUAAUCGCACACUGCCGGAACCUCAUUGCGGCCAAGCGUAAUGCAAUCGCCUGUCUGGACGACGAGUCUUCCGAUUACCAGAUCACCCUGUCCCGUCUAAUUAAGCAGAAGAUUCACUUCACGUCCGAGCUAAACACCAAGCUGUACAACUUUUCCAACGCCAUCAAACCCGACAUUCAAUUUACCCCGAUCGAGAUAAGCCUCACGAGCGGCAACUAUCCCGAGCUGGAGCAAACGCUACUCGCACUCGAGCAACAGCUAACGGACGUGUUUGUGCAGUACCACGACCUGUACGUGCGCUGCAGCCAGCAGAAAUUGCGCCUCGAGCAGCAGGUGUCCGAUGUGCAGAUGACGAUCUCGCCGCUGGAAGCAAAAAUAGCCAAACUUACCGACCGUUUGCAGCAGCUUCAGCAGCAGCGAGAAACGAUCGUACGGGAGCUCGGUGAGGUUGCGGAAAAAGUUAACGAUCGCGAUCCCCACCAUCAGCGGACGAAGGAGCUGGAUGUGGCUAUAGAAAAAGUACGCACACAGCUGGAAGGCAAUCGGAAGGCGAUCGAAAAGCUAACGCACGAUAAGCAGCAGCUCAUGGAGGAGGGACUAGAACGGUGCCGACAGGCGCUGGAAGAAAGACAUCGCAAGCUGGCCGCUUACCGGCAGCACGUCGAGAGCUGCGAAACCAUCAUGAACCAGCUGGUGGAAGUUUGCUCCAGGAGUGCGGAGAAGGAAAGCGAGGCGAAUUAGCAAAGCUUUAUUUUAUUUGUUUCCGAUUUGUCCCAUGUUUUGUACAUUACACAAGGUUUUAAUUUAAAAUAUUUCACGCUCGAAAGCAAAGUAAAAAUAAAAUCAGUCAUCUACAAUUUGUUUCACAA